AUGCUUUUCUACACUGUUUAUCUCAUCCUGGGCUUGCUUUCAGUUGUCUAUGCUGCUCCUUUCAGUGUUGCCACUGGCGAUGUUCUUGAUUCCAGAGCUCCAUCUUCUGGAGCAGGACUGGGGACUAUGCACUUGACUGUGCGAAGUCUAGGGAGCAGUAAAUUUACUCCAGCCACUCAUGUCAAUGGUAAUGGCCACCAUGUCAAUGGGAACACUGCCAGUGGGGGGCUAGCCCAGUUCGAAGUUUGGUUUUCCAAUACAAAACCAUCACAUCCCUCCACUCCACCCAUCAUUCCCUCCAACAUCAUAACAGAAGUAAAGGAUACACUGGCUAACCUAGAAGGUCACCAAGUUGACGUUAUAUUCUUGGAGUCGUGCACUGCAGAUACGGAAGCAUUUUGGUAUGAAAAACUCGGUAGUCAUGACAGGGCCUUGCAUACACAAUUUGCCCCCUAA